AGGACAUUUUAAACUUAAAGGCGGGGCGGCGCAGGAGUUUGAUGGGCGCCGUUGGUGUUCUGCCUUUUGCUUAGCCGGGACAAACGGGAUGGCGGAGGAGGCGGCGGUGGCCGUGUGCGUGCGGGUGCGGCCGCUAAACAGCAGAGAAGAAGAACUUGGAGAAGCCACCCACGUUUACUGGAAAGCUGACAACAAUGCUAUUUAUCAGAGUGAUGGGGGUAAAUCCUUCAAUUUUGAUCGUGUCUUUCAUAGUAAUGAAACCACUAAACAUGUGUAUGAAGAAAUCGCAGUACCAAUCAUCAAUUCUGCCAUACAAGGCUACAAUGGUACCAUAUUUGCCUAUGGGCAAACUGCAUCAGGAAAAACACACACUAUGAUGGGCUCUGAAGAUUGUUUGGGAGUUAUACCCAGGGCCAUUCAUGACAUUUUCCAAAGAAUUAAGAAGUUUCCUGAGAGAGAAUUUCUCCUGCGGGUGUCUUACAUGGAGAUCUACAAUGAAAUCAUUACAGACUUACUUUGUAAUGCUCAAAAAGUGAAACCCUUGAUAAUUCGGGAAGACAUCAAUAGAAAUGUUUAUGUUGCUGAUCUCACAGAAGAAGUGGUUUAUACAGCAGAAAUGGCUUUGAAAUGGAUCACAACAGGAGAAAAGAACAGACAUUAUGGAAUAACCAAGAUGAAUCAAAAAAGUAGUCGUUCCCAUACGAUUUUUAGGAUGAUUUUGGAAAGCAGGGAAAAAGGAGAAUCUUCUAACUGUGACGGGUCUAUCAAGGUGUCUCAUUUGAACUUGGUUGAUCUGGCCGGCAGUGAAAGAGCUGCUCAGACAGGAGCUGAAGGUGUGCGACUCAAGGAAGGCUGUAACAUAAAUCGGAGCUUAUUUAUUUUGGGACAAGUGAUUAAGAAACUUAGUGAUGAACAGAUUGGUGGAUUCAUAAAUUACCGAGAUAGCAAAUUAACACGAAUUCUUCAAAAUUCCUUGGGAGGAAAUGCGAAGACACGUAUCAUCUGUACAAUAACCCCAGCGUCACUCGAUGAAACGCUCACCACUCUGCAGUUUGCCAGCACUGCUAAGUAUAUGAAGAAUACUCCUUAUGUGAAUGAGGUGUCAAGUGAUGAAGCUCUCUUGAGAAGAUACAGAAAAGAAAUAGUGGAUCUUAAAAAACAAUUAGAGGAGGUAAAUACAAAGACUCGGGCACAGGAAAUGGAAAAGGACCAGCUGGCCCAGCUUCUGGAUGAGAAAGACUUGCUUCAGAAGGUACAGGAUGAGAAAAUUCAGAACCUGAAGCGGAUGCUGGUGACAUCGUCUUCUAUUGCACUGCAGCAGGAGCUAAAGGUUAAAAAGAAGCGAAGAGUUACUUGGUGCUAUGGCAAAAUUAACAAAAUGAAGGAUUCAAACUAUGUAAAUGAAUUUAAAAUCCCAACAAAUGUAACAACAAGAGCACGUAAAACUUCUGUGACUCUUUUGGGAGAAAAAUCUCUAAUGAGACUGGGAGAGAAUGAUGACUCAGUCUCUUGUGAGUCAGAUGCGUUCAGCAACACUCUUGAGCCAUUGGCCGAGGUGGAGUGGAGCUCAGCAACAAAGCUGCUAAGCGAGGAAAACUUAGAGAGUGAGUUGAACUCACUUCAGGCUCAGUAUGACGAUCUGGCGUUAGACUGUGAGCAGCUAAGAAGAGACAAUGAAGACCUGAGAUUGAAAUUAAAAGAAAAACAUGACUUAGAAGAAUUUGAGGCUCUAGAAAAAAAAGCAGAGAAAGACCAAGAGAUGCAACUAAUUCAUGAAAUUUCCAACUUAAAGAAUUUAGUUAAACACGCAGAAGUAUAUAAUCAAGAUCUCGAGAAUGAACUAAGUUCAAAAGUGGAGCUUCUUAAAGAAAAAGAGGACCAGAUUAAGGACCUACAGAAAUACAUAGAUGCCCAGAGGACAGAAAAGAUGACUCUAGAGCUGCCAUACUCAUCAGAAACCACUGAGGACCUAAAACAAGUGAUGCAAACUCUGUCUGAUAUGGACGCUGUGGCCCUUGAUGCCAAGAGAGAGUCAGCUUUCCUUAGAAGUGAAAAUCUGGAGCUGAAAGAGAAAAUUAGUGAGCUUUCAGAUUCCUGCAAGCACAUGCAAAAUGACAUUCAGCUGUAUGAGCGUCAACUGGAGGCCAAAAAGAAAAUGCAAGUGGACCUGGAUAAGGAAUUACAAUCUGCUUUUCAAGAAAUAGUAAAGCUCACCACCCUGGUGGAUGGCAAAGGUUUACUAUCUAAUUUAGAACUGGAGAAAAGGAUUACAGAUCUCCAAAAAGAACUAAAUAAAGAAGUUGAAGAAAAAGAAACUUUGCAAAGAGAAGUUAACUUGCUCUCAGGGUUGAAAUCUUUACCCUCUGAGGUAGAGAUGCUGAGAAGAGAGCUGCAUGAGAAAUCGGAAGAGCUCUGUAUAAUAACAACAGAAAGAGAAAAGUUGUUUUCUGAAGUAGCUCAUAGCAACAGUAGAAUUCAGGGUUUACUUGAAGAAGCCGCCCGCACUAAAGAUGAUCUUGCAGCCUCCCAGCUGGACCACAGAGGCGGUGAUGAAGACCACCAAUGGCUGAGGAGCCUUCACACGGAGCUGGAGCACAAGCACAAAGCGGUGUUGGAGGAGAGUGGGAGGAUGAAACAGCAAAUCGAGGCUCUCUCUAAAGAGGCAGAAAGCCUCGGCUUAAGUUUGGAUUCCUUGAAGGCCGAGCUUUCUCACAAGACUCAAGAGCUUGAGCAGAAAGCAAGCGAGGGUCAAGAAAGGCUAAACAAAAUGGAGGAGCUGAGAGGACAGUUAGAGAGCAGAGACGCCAGUCUGCAGUCUAUGGAGGAGGAGAAGACGCUGCUUACUGAGAAGCUUCAGCAAACUUUGGAGGAAGUCAGAGCCUUAACUCAAGAAAAGGAAGAGCUCGUGCAACUCCAGCUGAGCCUGCAGACCGAGAGGGACCAGCUCAGAAGUGACAUCCAGGACACUGUGAACAUAAAUGUAGAUACUCAAGAACAGCUACGAGAUGCUCUUGAGUCUUUGAAACAACACCAAGAAACAAUUAACAUGCUGAAAAUGAAAGCUACUGAGGAACCGUCCAAGGAUUUGCAUAUAAAGGACGAGGGAGGAGCUACAGCUGCAGUUGAUGAAAAGAUGGAUGGCAUAGAUGAAGAACAGAAUCUGCUAGCCGGAAACACCCAAACACUGGCUGCAGGUGGGGAGGACAGUGACAUAACUGAGGAGCAGAGGAAAAUACAUGCUUUAAUGCAGGAGAAUGACGGACUCCAGCGAACACUGGAAAGCAUUAUAGCAGAGAAAGAACAAUUGAGGAUGGACCUAAAGGAAAAUAUCGCGAUGAGUGUUGAAAACCAGGAAGAGUUGAGAAUUCUUAGAGCUGAACUUAAAAGGCAGCAUGAACUAGCUACACAGGAAAAAGACCGGGCCACGGAGAAGAGUGAAGAGCUGUCCAGGGCGCAUGAGAGACUGGCGGAAGUAGAAGAGGAAUUGAAGGAAAAGAACCAGAGGCUCCAAGAGAAACAGCAGCAACUUCUUAAUACCCAAGAAGAUAUGAGUACAAUGCAGGCAAAGGUGAUCGAAAUGGAGAACUUAAAGAAUGAAUUUAAGAACCAAGGCUUGGCAUUGGAACGCAUGGACACAGAGAGACUCGAGUUGGCUCAGAAACUUCAUGAAAAUUGUGAGAUGGUGAAGUCUAUAACCAAAGAAAGAAAUGAUCUAAAGGAAUUGCAGAAGUCAUUUGAAAUAGAGAGACAACAACUUAAAGAGUAUGCAAGAGAAAUCGAAGCCGCAGGCCUACAAACAAAAGAAGAACUAAACAUGGCUCACACACAUCUAAAAGAACACCAAGAAAUCAUCAAAGAGCUAAGAAGAAACAUUUCUGAGAAAGAAGCUGCAACAGCAAGCAUUCAGGACACAGCAAAGUCUGAUAGCGAAUUACAACAAAAGGUAGAUCAUCAAGAGCUGCCUCCUAGUGGGAAAGAAGCCAGGGAGAGCCCAGAAAAGGCGAGUGAACCAGAGCCACUGGGAGAACACUCAGGACCAGUGGAUUCAGCACCACCAGAGAGCAUAGAAACAGACAGGCUUGCUCUGGCCAAGAAACUUCAGGAAAGUCAGGAAGAGAUCGGCUGUCUCACUAAAGAGAGAGAUGACCUGAAAAUGGCACAGGAAGCACUUCAAGUCGAAUGUGCCCAGCUGAGAGAAGAUGCCAGAAAAACCUGGGCUAAGCACCUAGAAACUGAAGAGGAACUUAAUCUUGCUCAAUGUUGCCUGAAGGAGAAAGAGAAUAAAAUUGACUCACUAAUAAUGAGCCUCUCCCAGAAGGAAACUGAGCUGUCAAGUGUUUGGGCACAGCUGGAGUCAGCCACUGAUGAACUAGAGAGAAAGGUUCAAGAACUCUGUGAGAAACAGGAACAACUUAAUGUAAAAGAAACUAGUGAGGCUGAAGGGAAAAGGAGUGAACUAGACCAAGUCAAGGCGCUUCUCCUAGCCAAGGACUCAGCACUACAGAUUAUAGAGAGCGACAGGCUCCAGCUGAAUAAACAGCUUGAAGAAAGUCAGGAGGAAAUAAAAAUUCUAAUUAAGGAAAGAGAAGAACUAAAAAGGACACAAGAAAUGCUUCAUGUAGAGAGUGAGCAACAGAAAGAAAAGGUUAAGGAAAUCGGCGCUAAGCUCCAAGAACUUCAGGACAAAGAGUAUGAAUGUCUUGUGAUGAAGACUAUUAAUGAGACUCAAGAAAGUAGAUGUGAGAUGGAACGCUUGACCGAGCAGCUGGAGGCCCAGAGGUCACGUCUGGAAAAGGUGGAGAUGCAGAACGUAAGCUUGACUCAAAGACUCCAUGAAACCCUGGAAGGAAUGAGCUCUAUAGCCGAGGAGAGAGAUGAGCUCAGAGGCGUAGAAAAGCGCCUCACAGCUGAGAGAGACCGACUGCAGAAGAGCCUUGAAGAAACAGCAACUAGAGGUCUGGAAAAAGAGGAGGAGCUAAGAAUUGCUCAUCUGAAUCUGCAAGAGCACCAAGAGACUAUCAGCAAGCUCAGAGAGACUGUGUCUGAUAAUGCAGAUAAAGUAUCACGUAUUCAAGCGGACUUAGUGCACACAAAUGCUGCCUUGGAAGCGCAGAGCCAAGAACUCCAGGAAAAAGAGCAUCAACUUUGUCAAGUAAAAAUUGAUCUCAGGGGAACGAUGGAUCAAAUGGAGCAGUUGAAGAAGCAAAUGGAAGCCCAGAAUUUAGCUCUGGAAAGCAUAGAAACAGAGAAGCUAAAAUUGACUCAACAACUGUAUGAAAAUCUUGAAGAAGUAAGACUUGUCACUAAAGAGAACGAUGGCCUAAAAAGUAUGUGUGAAGCUCUCAGAGCAGAGCAAGAGCAGCUGAGGGCAAGUCUUCAACAAACAGAAGCGAGGGAUCUGGAAAAGCAAGAGAAACUAAGAACUGCUCACGUGGAUCUGAAGGAACACCAGGAAACCAUUGACAGACUCAGAGGGACUGUGUCUAAGAAAACAGAUGAAGUAUCAAAUAUGAAAAUGGAGUUAGAAAAUGCAAAUAUUAAGUUACAAGAAAAGGUUCGAGAACUUAAGGCAAGUGAGCUUCAACUGGCCAAGUUGAAAGGAGGCAUGAGUGAAGCACAGCAGCAGCUCAGGCAGCAGGGCUUGACUCUGAGUAACAUCGAGAUGGAGAAUUUGAAUCUGGCUCAGAAGCUUCACGAAAACCUUGAAGAAAUGAAGUCUGUAAUGAAAGAAAGAGAUAAUCUAAAGAGAGCCGAGGAGAUGCUCAAGGCGGAGAGAGACCAGCUCAGGGAAGCCCUCAGGGAGACCAAGGACCAUCAGAACCCUGAAGAGAUAAGAAACCAUGCAGAAGGGUUACUAUGUGGCACAGAACAACACCUAACAGAAAACCUGCGAGAAAAGUGCCUCAGGAUAAAAGAGCUCCUGAAAAGAUACUCCGAAAUGGAUAAUGAUUAUGAGUGCCUGAAUAGGUUCUCUCUUGACUUGGAGAAGGAAACUAAAACCCAAAAAGAUCUGUCAGUCACUGUAAAAGCAAAGGUCUCACUUCCACACCCACAGACCAAAGAGAUUGAAAAGCUUCUGACUAUAAACCAGAGGUGUUCCAUGGAAUUCUACAGAGUCAUGAAGAAACUUAAGUACGUGCUAAGCCACAUUGCAAGGAUAAAGGAGGAGCAACAUGAGUUCAUCACUAAGUUUGAAAUGGCUCUCAUUCAGGAAGUGGAAAAGCAGAAGGAACUACAGAUUAAAAUGCAGAGCUUUCAACAGGGUUAUGAUAUUCCACCCAGAAACAUGCAGGACCUCAAACUGAGCCAGGAAUUGGACCUCCAUAUUGAGGAAAUUCUCAAAGAUUUUUCAGAAAAUGACUUCCUCAGCAUAAAAACUGAAUUCCAGCAAUUACUAAGUAAUAGGAAAGAAAUGACUCAGUUUUUGGGAAAAUGGUUGACUACUCCUUUUGACAUAGAGAAGCUUAAAAGUGGUAUCCAAAAAGAAAACAAUAGCAUGUGCCAAGUGAAUAGCUGCUAUAACAGCAAAAUAAUUGCCAUGGUAAACGAAUCAACAGAGUUUGAGGAAAGACAAGCCGCCAGAUCCAAAGAGCUGAAACAUUGCCUGAAAUCACUGAAAGAGAAAACGAAACAGCUGUCUACAGACUAUCAGGCAUUGUCUGCCUCCCAGCCUGUGGCCCGUGAGAACCCUCGUGCCGCACCAGGGCCUGAGCAGCUGACCCCAGAGGACAAAGUUGCUUUAGGAGCUGCACCCUAUAAAGAAGAAAUUGAAGAUCUCAAAAUGCAACUGGUAAAAAUUGACCUAGAAAAGAAGGAAACUGCCAAGGAAUUUGAAAAGGAAAUUCUUUCUAUAAAAGCCACUGUUGAACAUCAAAAAGAAGUAAUUAGGCUACUGAGAGAAAAUCUUAGAAGAAAUCAACAGUCCCAGGAUGCCUCAAUGAUAGUAGACCCUGACUCUCAGACUUGGAGUAAACCUUUAACCUGUGGAGGCGGCAGCGGUAUUGUUCAAAGCACAAAAGCUCUUAUUUUGAAAAGUGAACAUAGAAGGAUGGAAAAUGAAAUUUCUAAGUUAAAACAGGAAAAUGAAAAGCUAAUAAAGCAAAAGAAUCAACUGCUAAGUGAUAACUCUCAGCUCUCCAAGGAGGUUAAAACCUGGAAAGAAAGAACUUUUCAGAGAGGCACUUCCAUAGAAGCAGCUGCUGAAGAUUCUCUGAAGUCGCCUAAAGUGACUGGGGCAGAUGCUAAAAGGCGGCCCAACACACCUUCUCAGUUCAGGGAACGGAAUUUCCAGGAUCCUGUGCCAAAAGAGUCACCAAAGUCUUGGUUUUUUGAUAACCGGUCCAAGUCUCUACCAGCACCUCACCCGAUCCGCUAUUUUGAUAACUCCAGUUUAGGGCUAUGCCCAGAGGAACCAGCUGCAGAAGUAGAGAAUGUGGACCCUAAGGCAGAAUUCCGUCAACCCUCAUCAGGAAAAGAUGUGCCUGAAUGCAAAAUGCAGUAGCCUCCCCCUCGCAGCGCCCUGUGGAAUGGCUUUCUUUCCUCACAUGCUCACCCUGACAGUGAUGCUGCAGCCCAA